CUUAAAAUUUUAUAGCAAGUAUAAUAAAGAGGUUUAUCAAUGUGAUGUCAUUAAAAUUAUUUGUGACUGAUUGCUUGUUUGGUUUUGCUGUUUUCAUAGAUAAUUAUGCUGUUUUCAUAGAUAAUUAUUUGUAAAGAGUUACUUACCAGUCUCAUUGACAAUUGAAAAUGUUUUUACUAGAGUAGUAAUUGAGAAGACAGUGACAAUAAAAUUGCGACAUUUAAUUAAAAACAAUUGAGCAAAUUUAUUUUUUGCUGCUGAUUUAAUUCUGUAUGAACUUAGAAUAACACCACCGUUUACCAUUAAUUAAAAUGACAUCAAACUUGACGAAGGAUACUACACUUUGCUUGAAUAAAGACUUAAUCUCAGAAAAAUUACUUUUAGCUGCAUUAACGCUUAUAUUGGUUACUGGAGUGACAGGAAACGCUUUUGUUAUAUAUGUUUUUGGUUGUAAACGAAAAUCAAGCUGCAAGUCAACAACAGAGUUGUUAAUACUUUGUUUGGGAAUAACUGAUCUAUUGUCCUCCUUUUUUAACCCAUCUUUAUAUAUGUAUUGGACAAUCACAAAUUACUGUCAAUGGGAUUUUGGUUAUUUAGGUUGCCAUAUUGUUCCUUCUAUAGGUCCAAUUAUGACCUCAAUUUCAUCUGGCUUGCUUCUUAUAUUUGCUAUUGAUCGAUAUAUAGCAGUAGUAACUCCAUUCCGUAAAAAAUUGACUCGAAAAAAAGUCAGUAUAGCGUUUGUUUUGGACAUUUUGCUGUCAAUUAUUUUUUAUCUCCACUAUGUGUUUGCAUUAAAGUUUGAUCCAAAAUUUAAAAUAUGCCAUAUUCCGAACGCAUCAGAUUCUCCGUUUUACGGAAUAACAAACUGUAUUUUUAUAACUUUACGUCUAUCGUUGUUUGCAACAAUCUUCAGUUUUACAAACAUAAAAAUCUACAAAACUUCAAAUAAAUGUAGCAUAAAAUUUUCAAGAAUCGAAGAUCGAGUAAAACGUCUUAGACAGUCAAAAAAAGUCAUGAUAGUUCUACUUACAAUGGGAGUAGUGUUUAUAUUGCUUGUUUUUCCAAGAGAGUUAUUUUUUUUAGGAUACAACUUUAAAUGUUUGUUAGUUAAAAAUUGUAAACAUUCAAGUCCUACUUUGACUCAAAUUAAUUCAUGGUUAAAGGUUGCUCAUACUGCAAAUAGUUGUGCUAACGUUUUUAUUUAUUCGCACAUGCAUACGAAAUACCGUAAAGAAAUUAUUCGGACUGUUUCAUGUUUUGGAAGCUUUAAGAAGACUUUUGCACGUCAUAGAUUUUCAUUCGUUGGAAAAGAAAAUCGAUUUUUAUUAAGCAAUAAAAAACAUGAAUUUACUUUAUCAGAAGAAGAUUUAAUAUAUUUCGGUGACGCGGUUUUUUUUCAAAGAGCUCAAAAAUGGAAAAUUAAAAAAUAAACAACAUAAAGUC